AUGGAGGUGAUUGAAAUAUUGAGCAGUUUACAAGAUGCCCUGCUCGAGGGUUGUGAAGGCAGCAAUGACUUCCAGCAGGAAUUGUUGGCCACGUUGCCUCAGAUUGUGGUUGUGGGAGCUCAAUCCGUAGGGAAGACAACAUUGUUGGAGAAUAUCAUAAGGUUCAAGGACAUCUUACCUAAAGGGAGUGGCAAGAUGGUAACGCGUUGUCCUGUGCUUUUACAGCUCAGCUAUGACCGGCGAUGUAAGUUCCGGGCGGAGCUUCAUCUGCCGGGAAGCCGGAACCGGCUCGGUACUGGGACUGCCAGUGGCAAGCAGGCAGAGGGUCGGCCAGAGGUCCGGUCAGAGGUCCGGUCAGAGGUCCGGUCAGAUGUCCGGUCAGAGGACCGGUCGGAUCAUACCGGGGCAGUUUCCGGGUUCGGAGUGUACCGGGAACCAGCUGAGUUGUGUGUGGCGUUGGAGAGUUAUAUGGGGGCGAUUGAUGGGUGGUUGGAAAGCGAUAUUGUGAGAGUGAAGAUCCGUAGUUGUCGAACACCCGAUCUCAUCCUAUUGGACCUGCCGGGACUGAUUCGAGUUACGAGUCAAGACCAGCCGCAGGAUCUGGAUGCGUCUAUCCGGCGUCUGGUGCGGCAGUUUUUAACCAACGAGAACUCCAUCAUUCUCGCCAUAAGUUCCGCUAACAACGACUUAGCCAACAGUGAUGCGCUACGCAUGGCCAAGGAGGUGGACCCGCGAGGUGAGAGGACCAUAGGCAUUAUUACCAAGUGCGAUCUGGUCACCGACCCUGCCUCUGCUGGAAGAACCUGGACUAACGGAAGCGCAAACGACUUCCCGGCUAACGACCACCGGGCUAGCGAAUCACGAUCGGACGAACACGCGUCGAAUGAACACGCGUCGAAUGAACACGGGUCGAAUGAACACGGGUCGAAUGAACACGGGUCGAAUGAACGCCAGGCCAUUGGGACAGGGUUGUUGCAGUCGAUGGACCCAGACGCAAGACUUGUAGGAGACACUAGACUCGCUGCUGGCAGGCAGGGGUCGGAACUGGUCAGUCGGCUAAUCGACUCUACCUUGAACGCGCAUUACCCGCUGGUUCUUGGUUACGUCUUCGUCGUUGACGGCGCUCAUGAGUCGGCUUUCUUCGCAAACCAUCCACAGUUCGCCAGUCAGGUACCCACCUCCAUGUGUGGCACUGAAGCGGUACUGAACAAACUACAGUCAAUCCUCAUCAGCAAGAUCAGACAGUUCGCCAAACUCCAACUAAGUCGACUAACUCAAAACUAUAACACGACUGCAAUGAAAAUCAAUGCACUGGGAGAACCUUGCUCCCCGAGUGCGCGUGCGAACGUGCUUCUUUCGGUAAUAUCGCGCUAUUGCCGCAGCGUUGACGAUCUGCUUAAAGGUUAUGUGCAGCAGCCGGCUCCAGGAAUGAAUCUGGCCGGAGAGCGAAGCAGCCAAUCUGAACUUAUCGGAGGCGCGAGGCUGAACUUCCUGUUUCAAGACUGGUUUGCCGCGCACAUUAUGGAUAUGGACCCGUUAAAGAACAUGCCGGACUUUGAGAUUCUUACCGCCAUCAGAAACGGCAGCGGCAGCAAUCGUUCUCUGUUCAUUCCCGAAAAUUCCUUCGAAGUGAUUGUUAAAAGGAGCAUUGGUGCUCUUUUGCAUCCACUUUUGCAUCUUGUGCAUCAGUCGGCAAACGAGCUGAGAAACAUCUACGAAUACCCGCAUCGCCAGGCGCAGAAAUUCUCACCGGAAACGUGUGCGCACACGUGUGUGUACACUUCUUCGGUCAAGGAAAAUCAAUUCUCAGUCGCGUCCCUCUCUUGCCCAUGCUCCGUGCUGGGUCUGCACGAGAUUACGGAGCUCGCGCAGUACAGCAAGCUGAGUGAGGCGAUUCGCGAGGUGGUCCGCAAUUGUUUGGAGCGCAACCAAGAUAGGACGCUCAGCCGCUGUCGAGACAUCAUUGACAUUGAAAUGACCUACAUAAACAAGUCAAACCCUGAGUUUAUUCAGCAAAAGAUAUUAAUACAGAAUUCGUUGCGGAGUCACGAGAUGAGGUCUUCCAGUGGGCGGCGGGCGAGCGACGGCCGCUGCGAGUCGACCGGGUCGGGCAACCUGGGACCGAUUCCGGCGGUAGGUGGCGGCAUUAAUCUGGCCGGCUUGGUGACAGUGGGCGGUGCAGCGGCAGGUGCGCGGAGCAAUGACGCCACAACUAACGCCGUAGGUACUGUACCGGGAGGCUGUGCGCGUACUGGAGACUUGCCAGUGAUCAACGUGGAGGACGCUCCUGACCUUCCGAACGUUUUGUCUGUAUCCCCCGGCAGCCAGCCGCCAAGUGGCCGCCCCGCCGCCGGCGGCUUCCACGGCUACAUCGCACCUUCGUCCACGUUUAUGUCGUACUGGCGGAGGCACCCCAUCGCAUCCGCUGCACCCCGGGCGGAACCGACUCCGCGGGCAGUACCUGACAAUGACGCCAUUAUGAUCGAGACCGUGAAGCAAUUAAUUCGGAGCUAUUUCAACAUUGUCAAGAAACAAUUGGCGGACUUAGCACCCAAAAUCAUUAUGCACUCUCUCGUCAACGCAACCCUAAACGACGUUCAACCUCAGCUGAUCUCCAACCUCUACGACGACAGUAUUCGACCACCCACCCCAUCCAGUCUUCGACCACCCACCCCAUCCAGUCUCCGACCCCCACCCCAUCCAACCUUCGGCCACCCACCCCAUCCAACCUUCGACCACUGCCACCUACCGAGUCUUUCAGCUGUGUUGGAGACGAUCCUCUCUGAGAAUCUCGAGGUCAGUCAACGAAGAGAGAAACUGAACGAACAAAAGCGGUUGCUGGCGCGUGCUACGCACCUACUAGACCAGAUUGCUGGGUAG